AUGGCUUCUUUUCAAACAUCCGGUCUCUAUUCGAAAAUUCAUCACAUAAUCAAAACAAUCGGCUUUUUGGUCUUAUUUCUACUCGCAUUUCCAUUGACAUUUACCAUUACAUGGAUAACAUUAAUAAUUCAUUUUCUCACACGAAAACCACCAAGAAUUAAUGCAAACGCUAAAUGUAUUCUAUUAUGCAACGGAGAACUGUUGCAAGGAUUCGGCGACCUUCAAUGCACAAUGCCGAAGAAACAUGUCCGAUUAACAUUACGACAAUUGCUUCAGCGUUAUUAUUCGAUUGUAAUUUGCAUGCUCUUGCUUUUCGUAGAAACAACGAUCUUAUUGCUUUCUCUAUCUGCUAUACGCCGCUAUGCAGAAACUAAUAUGGAAUUGGUAGCGUCACUGGUCAGCUAUAACAUCCGGGCGGCAGUACUCGCAGAUGAUCAUCGGGCAAUAAGAGAAGUACUGUCGAUAAUUGAUCAACGGAGGCACGUUGCUGAAAGUCGAGUCUACGAUGUGAAGUACAAUCUGUUAGUCAGUUGGAAGUCCGAAAUCAUCGGGCAAACAAGUCAAGCACAAAAGAUGAUCGCCAAGUGGUUGUUUCUUAAGCCGAUAACCGUACCUAUUCUGCAUAAUCAGCAUGAAAUUGGUCAUGUUUGGUUGAAUGGCGAUCUUAGAGAACUCACUCAUUUCAUUUUCUUGAUGUUGCUUUGGUUUACUGGCAGCUUAUUGAUAAUGAUUUUUGGAGCAUCCUACUUAUCAUGUCGCAAGUAUUCAGAUAUUAGUAUAAGCCAUCGAAUGCGCAAACAGCAGACCUUCUCUCAACAAAGGCUGUCAUCAACCGUCGCCCAGUUGAACGAAUUGUCUAAGAAGAACGAACGUUUGAAAAAGGAAAAUAAUUCACUGGCUUGGCUAUUACAACACGAUCAACUGACCGGAUUGUUAAAUCGUUCAACCUUUCAAAGUGAAUUGACCACAGUUAUUGAAAGUCUAUCAGAAUGCAAGUAUGUUGGUGUAUUAUUUAUUGAUGCUGAUCAUUUCAAAGAGGUCAAUGAUAAGUACGGUCACGCAGCAGGCGACUAUACUCUAAUAACUGUUGCUCAACGUCUACGCAAUGCAUUACGUAAGGAUGACUCAGCAGCGCGACUAGGUGGCGAUGAGUUUGCAGUUCUGGUUAUAAACAUUGAAGCUGUGCACGAGGUCGAACGAAUUGCACGCCGAAUAGUAGACGCCAUGAACGAGCCGAUUGAGUUACCCGAUGGUACACGUAUCUGUCAGUCUGUGAGUAUUGGUAUUGUAUUGUCCAAAGAAAUGACCAAUGCGCAGAAGCUCCUUGCUCAGGCAGAUGCAGCCAUGUAUCACAUCAAACGGCGUGGUGGUGGCUGGUACUGGAUUUUCAACGCAAAAGAGCCAGAUUAUGCGAACGAUUGA